ACUCAAAAGUCUUCCUCUCACAGUCUCACUGUGAGCAAGUGUUGAAGGAGAAAAAGCUUAACUUACAUGAUAGAUCAGAGUUCAAAACAAUACUAAAAUGCAGGAGUUAGGGAAACAUACAGUGUCAUGCCUCUCUGAUUUGGUUAUCAAAGUAGCUGACACAAUCCGCAGUGUCCCAAAAGAAAUUCAGAGCAUUAAAGGUGAUCUAAAUCGCAUUCAAGCCUCUAUAGUAACUGCAGCUAAAGAAGACCAAGAUGUGAUGAAGGAGAUGAAAGAAACUGUUUUCAGCAUAGAAGACAUCAUUGAUGACUAUGAGAGUUCUAGAGGAUGGGAGUUUCAUGAUUUUGGAUGUACAACUUUGCCACAUGAGACUGCAGACUUGGUGAAAUCUAUGAUGAUUCAUUUGGAAAUAGCAUGGAAGAUUAAGAGUGUUAAGUCACAAGUUGAAAAGAUUGAGGCAGCACAAGCAAGAAAGAAAGCAGAAGCUGCAUCCAAAAUCAAGCCUUCUUUGGAGCAAACAACAAGCCAUUACAAAGGAAACACAGACCUCUCAUGGAAGAAUCUUAGGGAGCUUCCUCUUCACAUGGAAGCAACUGAAAUUGUAGGCUUGGAAGACCAUUUUAUGAAAUUUUGUGACUGGUUGGAAGAUAAACAACCAAAGUGUACUGUCAUCACUGUGGUAGGAAUGGGAGGGUCGGGAAAAACCACUCUUGCUAGGAAAGUCUUUUAUAACUGUGAGGAGACUAGGAGCUUUGAGUGUGAAGCAUGGAUCACGGUGUCGAAGUUUUCCGACAGAGAAGAAAUGUUGAAGGAUAUGUUGAGGCAGUUUAAUAAACGAAAGCCUCGUGGAGAAAUGUCAAGGGAAGAGUACUUGAAGAAAACGAGGUAUGUUGUUUUCUUUGAUGAUGUGUGGAGAGAACAAUUUUGGGAGGAAAUUAAAUUUUCUCUAGAGAAUAAAAACCCUGGAAGCAUGAUAAUUAUCACAAGCAGGAAUAAGAAAGUUGUGAACACUUGUAUGAGAUCUUGUUCUGGUACAGUUGAAGUGCUUGAAAUGGAACCUUUAACCAGAGAUGAAUCUUUGAAGCUGUUCCAUAAAACGGCAUUCCUAAAUGACCCUGAGGGUCCAGAGAGACACAGGGAUAUAUCUUGUAUGAUUGUUGAAAAAUGCGUGCAUUCACCACUAGGAAUUUUGGCCAUUGGUCGCGAAGUUGCUGCUGAUAGAAAAUUUCCAUUGGAAUGGGAAAGGCAUAUUAAAAAAAAUGCAGACAUGACAAAAAUACUAAAACUAAGUUAUGAUGAUUUGCCUGAAUAUCUUAAACCAUGUUUCUUGUAUUUUGGAAUGUAUCCUGAAGAUCAUGAAGUAAGAUCGGAGAGAUUAAUUCGGCAGUGGAUAGCAGAAGGGUUUAUAAUAUCUGAGAAGAGGAAAACGUUGGAGGAAGUAGCCAAAGAGUAUUUACAAGAGUUGAUUGAUAGAAGUUUGGUGCAGGUGUCUUCAUUCAACAUUGAUGGCAAAGCUAAAAGUUGUAGCAUUCAUUACCUUGUACGUUCUAUGAUCCAUAGAAUAUUCGAGGAUUUAAGUUUUUGCCAGUUCAUUGGUGAAGAUAGCAGGUUAGACAAGGAGGAUAUAAUUCGGCGCCUAUCAAUAGCAAUCAGUUCAGGAGGAGGAUUAGAUGUAUUAACAAACUCUGCUUCAUCUACUGAUUCAAAGGAAAGGAUUGUAUAUUCAUUCAUGAGGUCCUUGUUGCUUUUCACCAAAAAAGAAUUAGAUGUUUCUGAAUACACAAGGAGAAUCUUUAUGAAAUGCACACAAUUGAAAGUACUUGACUUUGAAAAUUCUCUGUUGCGUGAUGUUCCUGACAUUAUUGGAAAUUCAAUCAAAUUGAAGUAUUUAAGUUUCAGGAAUACUAAUGUAAGAAGUCUUCCAUAUUCCAUUGCAAAGCUGGAGAACCUUGAGACUUUGGAUCUAAGGCAAACACAAGUGAAAAUGAUACCCAAUGAGGUUAGCAAGCUUAGAAAGCUACGACAUCUUUUAGGGGAUGAUAUAUCUUUGAUUCAAUUGAAUGAUGGUAUUGCAGACAUGAAAUUCCUACAAACACUAUAUAGCAUAAAAAUAGAUGAUGAUGGUGAUGGAUUGAAGCUAAUUGAAAAGCUAGGAAAGCUAGAGCAAAUAAGGCAUUUGGGAUUGAGUAAUGUUAUGAAAGAACACGGAAGCGCAAUAUGUUCCUCGUUGAAUAAAAUGCAAGACUUGGAGAAGCUACACAUUGUUGCAAAGGAUGAAAAUGAAAUUGAUUUACAAAGUAUGGAAAAGCGAUCUAAUCUUCGAAAGCUACACCUGCAAGGGAAGUUAAGUAGAGUACCAGAAUGGAUUCGAGAGCUUCAAAAUUUUCAUCAGUUGGUCUUGUCCAUGUCCAAGUUAGCUAAUGAUCCGUUGCUUUUGCUGACAAAUAUUUUAAAUUUGAGGUCCCUCUCGAUUAUCCAUGAAGGUUAUGAAGGUGCAUGCUUGCAUUUUCAUGAUGGAGGAUUUCGCUAUCUAGAGGAGCUAGAACUUGGAUCUUUACAUAGCUUGAAGUCCAUCACUAUUGACAGCAAAUCACUGCCAUCACUGAAAAAGAUCAAGUUAAGGGAUAUCCCUCAAUUGAAGGAGGUACCCUCUGGCAUCAAACAUUUGAAGAAUCUUGAAGAUCUCAAUAUUGAAAAAAUGAAAGCUGAAUUUGAGAGUAUGAUUGGUGAUUACUUGAGACAAGAGCACUCUAUCAUCCAACAUGUGCUCCGUGUAAUAGUUAAUGGCAAGCUUGUUAAGGAUGAGAAACCUCAGAAAUAAAAGGUAGGCUACUGGUGAUAUGGAAAUUCAGAUUCUCCAUGAUGGCAUUUUUCUAUUCUUGCUGUGGCACUUAGUCCCCAAAUAAAGAGACUACAUGGAGUUGUCUUUCUUUAAUAAAGGAGGAAGAAGCCUUUAAAUGAACGAGUGAUUCAAGAAAUUUCCUUUUUGAUUAAACUCAUUUGUGGUGUAUCAUUAAUGCUAGACGUUAUGACUUUGUAAUCCUUUAUGCCUUUCCUUUUUGGAAUGAGAAAACAAAAGUU